UGACAUGCAAAUUAAAUAUUGGGCCUUACACUAUUAAGUGGUGUCUUAUUUGUCUCUUUCUUCACUUCUCCGGUCUCUCCUCCGCUUCAGCGGAAUCUUCUCAAAGACGACCGUUUUGAUUCUAUUGUCUCUGUGAAAUAACAUUUCUUGUUUGGUUUUGAGUAUUCUGUUGGUACCAACCUAUUAUGGACUCUUCUCUCGACGGUGAGUCAAUGAAAGGCAGUAAAAUGAGUGUUGAUGAAAAGAGAAAGCUUGUUCAUGAACUGUCAAAAGAUUCGGAUUUAGCCUUUGAAGCCUUGCAGGUGUGGACCCAUGAGGAGAUUCGUCAGGUCUUAUGCGCAGAGUUAGGCAAGGAAAGAAAAUACAAGAACUUGACCAAAGCUCAGAUCAUCAACACCCUCUUGAAUACUGUAUCUGAGCAAAAAAAAGUCCCACCGCCUCCUGUCAGAGGGAACUCCGGAGAUCAACAAGACAGAAAGAGAGACUCAUCAACAACAACAGCAACUACUAAGAGAAACUCGAAAAGACAAAGGAAGAACGCUACUCCUACUCGCUACGUGAGCACUGAAUCAGUUAAAGCCAAAGGCAGUAUCUACUGUAAGAACUUGGCCUGCCAAGCUAUACUGAGACAAGAAGACUUGUUUUGUCAAAGGUGUUCUUGCUGUAUCUGCCAUAAGUAUGAUGCCAAUAAAGAUCCUACUCUCUGGUUAACCUGCCAUUCUGAUGAUCCCGGUGAAUCUUGUGGCUUGUCUUGCCAUCUGGAUUGUGCUUUCAAGGAUGAGGAAUCAGGUCUCAAGAAAGAUAAGCCAAGUCACGAUCUUGAUGGAUGCUUCCACUGCGUCUCUUGUGGCAAAACAAACAGCUUGCUUGAAUGUUGGAAGAAGCAACUGUUGAUCGCAAAGGAAACCAGAAGCGUAGACGUGCUUUGUUACCGUCUUGUAUUGGCUCAGAAGCUUCUCAAGGGAACUGAGAAGUACAGAAAACUAUCUGAGACCGUGGAGGAAGCUGUGAAGAGUUUAGAAACUGAGCUGUGUGGUCCUCUCACUGAUCUCCCAUCGGCAAUGUGUAGAGGAAACGUAAACAGGCUUGGCUCAGCGACAAAGGUGAAGGAUCUUUGCUCUUCUGCUUUGGAAUCCCUCCAAGAUACCAAAGUAACCCUUCAAGAAGAAGAAGAAGAAGGAGAAGCAGCUUUUGUGAGUAGCUUGAGCACAAAAGAAGAAGAAGAAGAAACUGUUUCAGAGAAGGCGGCGGUCAACAACGGUAAGAGUUCAACAAGCUGCGGUUUUGGGUUGGAGGAUUGCGUGAAGAUUAUACGACAGCUCGAGUGUUCAGGUCACGUUGAGAAGAGUUUCAGACAGGAGUUUCUGACUUGGUAUAGCUUAAAGGCCAGUGCUCAGGAGAUAAAUGUUGUCAAGACAUUCGUUGAUGCUUUCCAGGACGAUUCGGUAGCUUUAGCUGAGCAGCUCGUUGACACAUUCUCUGAUUGCAUAUCGAGAAAGCGGUGACAAGGAAAGGAGAUUUUUAUUUAGAAAGGAUUCAGCUUUUGUUAGAACAAAUUUCAUGUAAACAAAGAGAGUUUGAUGAAUGGUAUUGUUUUGCUCUU